AUGUCCACUACACUAUCGGUACGUAUACCAGCGGGUAAAUUAGGCACAGUUCGUGUUGAUCGAACAGUCGAUAUCUAUCCAACUUCACUAAUAAAUGAUGAAAAUAUAUCGUAUGCAAAAUCAUAUAUUCCAAAAUUAAAAUCACAACGUCAAUUAACAGCAACAUCAACGCCAUUGAUUAUUACAAAUCCUCAAGAUGAAUGUAGUUAUAUUCCAAUAAUAAAAUCAAAUAAUCAGAGUGAUCCUAAUGAUGAAGAUAUAUCUGAUAUAGCUGUUAUUUAUUCACUUGUUCGACGUUCAUCAAUACGUCGAACAUCAUCACCAAGAUUAUCUGUUUUACCAUUAUCAGUAAAUUUUAAUAUUUCUCGACCAUAUAUAGCUAAAACUUAUACAUUAGAACCACCAUUAACUCCUACCGUAUCUCAUGUAUCGAAACAAGCACAAAUAAAAACAUUAUCAUCAAAACUUUCGACUAGUAAUUUUCUUUCAAUAUCUACAUCAUCUUCGACAGAAGUAAGUUCAUCAACUCGUAUUCAAACAUCAACAUCAUUUACAAGAAGUGAUCGACCAUUAGCACCAUCAGUUUCUAUAAAACCUCGACCAUAUUCAUUUCGAAAUACAGGGCGUAGUGCUCUUGAACGACAAAUAUCAAAUAUAACAGAACGUGUAGCACAAUUACAAGAAACAUUUUUUUCUCGUCGAUCAAAUACAUCUAAUCAUCAACGAAAUCGUUCAUUAUCAAAUUUUCAAUCAACAAUAAUUAGUACAAAUAUACAUGAAUAUAAUAGAUCACAUAUACGUUUGAUCAGACCACGACCGAAAUCAGAAACUUAUGAUAAUCAUCGUCGUAUUAAUUCAGCUGGUUCGUAUGCUCAAUUAACUCUUCUUGGACAACCAAAAGUAAAUUCAAUAUCACAAACACAGAAAACAAUUCCAGUUGAUUAUCAAAAUGGUCGUGUACAAUAUCGAACACAAACUUCAAAUCCUGAAAGACCACAUAGUACAAUUAGUUCAAACUCAUUACAAACAGUAUUUGAUACAAAAAGAACACGUGAUAGUUAUGAAAAACUCCUGAAACAAUUAGAAAUCUCAAGAAAAGAACUUGAUCGUCAACGAUCAAAGGGUCUUAAUCAUCAUCCGGCAAGAAUUUUACAACUUGAAAGUCAAAUAAAACAAUAUGAACAACAAUUAAACAAAUUUAAACCUUAUUUAGAUUCCAUUGACGUAUUCACCGAUCCAUCAUCAAAUAUAUAUGAUGAUAAUGUUAUUACUCGACCACAGACGUUCAUUGAAUCAUCUACAAAUCGACUAAGCACAAAUUGGGAUUCGUUGAAUAGUAUUCCAACAGAUGAAACAUUUAAACUUCGUGAAUCAUAUGAAAUCGAUGAUGAUAAUUCUCAUACACUAUCAUCAAAUGUUCAAUCAAUAUCAUCAUUUGAUGAUAUUCAACAAUCAAUAAACACAUCGAAUUGGAUACCAUUAACUAUUUUUCUUAAUUUUCUACUCAAUGAUACAAACAGUGAUCCAAGUCAUUUAUUAUUUUACAUAAUAACUGAAGAUUUACGUAUAAGAAAAUAUGAUAAUCGUAAUGAAUUAAUUCGAUGGAUAUUUGAAAUUCAUUCAACAUUUACAAUGAAUGCUAGUCCUUUAUAUAUUGGCCUUCCUCAAUCACAAACAGACGCUAUUAAUCGAUGGUUAGAUAUUCAUCAACAAGAAACAACUGAGGAUAUAAAAAAUAUUUUUAAUGAUGCAAGAGAUCAUGCAAAAUCAAUAAUAACUGAUCGACAAAUAAUAGAUUUUAAUCAUAAACGAAAUAUUAAUAUAAAUAAUGAUUUAAAUUUAAAACAAAGUCAUUUUAUUGAAGAAAAUUUACGAUCAACAUUUGAAUAUCAUUAUAAAUCAUCAUAUAUUGAUGAUUGGAACAGUAUAAAAAAUGCUCGUAGUAUUGCAUUAAUAUGUGCAUUAGCAACAUAUUUGAAACGUUGUGAUAUUAAAAAAUGUGGAAACAUUCCAUUAGAAAAAAUUCCGAAAUUUCUCGAUAAAGAACAAAAACGUUUAUUAGCAAAAUUACAACGAACAACACCUAUAAAAAAAAUUAAAGAUCAUCAAUUAAAUGAACAUCAAUUUUUAAAUGAAACAUUAUGUCAAGUUUGUUUUAAACCAUUAUGGGGAAUAAAUUAUCAAGGAUAUUUAUGUGGAUAUUGUCAACAAGCAUAUCAUCGUGAAUGCGCAGUAAAUAGCGAAAGGUGUUCAAAAGAUCGAGCAAAAUUUCGAAAGUUUUCAAGUAAUCGAAAUCCAUCAAUUGCCUUAUAUUAUUCACUAUCAGGAUCAGUUUCAGCUGAUAAUCUUAUGCAAAAUUUAUCUAUUAUACCUAAUUCAUCAACACAAUCUCGAGGUUUUGUUCGACGUUCUGUUGGUGGAAGUAGUCCACCUAGAACUACAAGUAUGAUUGAAGCACGAGAAGGUAGUGUUUCGAAUGAUAUAUCUGAAAUGAUACCCGGUACAAAUGAAGGAAUUGAUCCAACAGAUGGAAAUUCAUCGUUUGCUGAACAAAAUAAAGUUGCAACUGUCGGUCGAUGUUCUAGUGAUCGUCGAGCAGCAUCUGAUCGACCAACUGCACCGAAAAAUCGUUCAAGCAGCAAUCCACAAAUGGGUGGAAAUACAAUUGAUGAAAUACUUAGUCAUCGUAUUGAUAGUGAUGUUAUUAAUCAACAGGAUGCCACAAGUCAACAAACCAAUUCUAUUGGAUUUAGUACAAGUCCUUCUGAAUCAGUAAUUCAACAAACAACAGAUGGUGAUAGUGAUCUUGAAGCUGAUGUAAAUACUUUACCAAAUUUAAGUGAAUUUAUUCCGAAUGAUAUCCUUCAAAUUCUAUAUCAAACCCGAGAAUGGAAAUUUCAAACAACAAUUAAUGAAUUAAUUCAUACUCAACGUACACAUUUAAAAAGUUUAAAAAUUAUGGUUAAAUGUUUUCGUGAACCUAUGGAACGUUUUCAUGGUAUGAGUCCAGUUGAACUUGAUUGUAUAUUUCGAAAUUUAGAUCAACUUAUUCAUUUACAUACUCAAUUUAAAUAUGCACUUCGUCAACAUCGUGAAGAAGCUAAAGAUCAUGUUGUACGAUAUAUUGGUGACUUAAUUCUUAAAUUUCUUGAUGGUGAUAAAGGUGAAGAAUUUGCUCGUGCUUGUGCAUAUUUUAUUGAAGAUCAAUCACAAGCAUUAAAAUUAAUUAAAAAAAAAGAACAAUCACCAGAUUUUGCAGCACUUAUGCGAAUGUGUGAGUCUAAUCCAUUAUGUCGUCGUUUAACAUUAAAAGAUUAUUUACCAUCUGUUAUGACACGUUUUACCAAAUAUAAAAUGUUAUUUGAAGCAAUGAAAAAAUUUGCCUCAGAAGAUCGUAUCGAAUCAGAAAAAUUAACUCGAUGUAUUGAAUGUGCUGAUAAAAUAUUAAAACGUAUGAAUGAAGCACGUUUAAAAAAAGAACAAGAAGCAUUAUUAAAACAAAUUAAAUCAAAUCUUGAUAUACAAAUACCAAAUGAUGAAAAAUUACAAAAUCUUCAAGAUUGUCUUGAACCAGCCAACAAUCGUUUAAUUUAUUCCGGUAUAUUAAAAUUAUUACCUGAUGCAACAACACAAAAAGCGGAAUUUGAAUGUUGUCUUUUUAAUGAUAUAUUUGUUUUUUUUCAAAAAAUUCCUAUACAAUCAUUAGAACAACGCGGCAUCGAAGAAACAUAUAAAUAUGUUUUAAAAGAACAUCAACGUGAUGCUACUAGUGGACGUAAUCAACGACCACGUACAGCUGUUAAUCCUAAUAAAUAUCCAAGUGGACAAAAUUUUAUUUUAACACCUAUUAUACGACUUGAACAUUUAUUAAUUAAGAAAAAAGCAUGUGGAGGUGCUCGUUCUUUUUAUGUCAUUGAUACAGAUAAAAAACAAUUAAUUGAAGUCGAAGCUAAUUCAAAAGAUGAUCUUGAAAAAUGGUUAGAAUGGAUUGAAAAGGCUCGACAACCAUUUGAAAAAGCAAAAUCUUUUCCAUAUUCUUCAAAAGAAAAGAGUCUACAUUCAUCUUCAUCAACAUUAACAAUUCAAUCAACGAUUAGUGAAGAACAACCAAAUAUUCAAACAAUUGAAUCAAAUGAAAAAGAUACACCGGAAUCUAUAUUCAAUUCAAUAAUGACAACUGAUACAGAAAUAAAACGUUUAUUACAUGAAAAACAAAUGCUUCUAUCACGUCUUCUGAACAUUCCUCAAGAUACAUCAAGUUUUUCUUUACAUACUAUGAAACCAAAUACAUCAUUAGAAGCAGUUACAUAUGCAACUAGUUAUCAUAAUCAAUUAAUGCAAAUAAUUAAUCAAAUACCAAAUGAAAUAGAUAAAACUAUUGACAUACAAUCUAUUUCAGCACCUUUAAUCAAACUUGGCGAACAAUUGACAUUAACUUUAAAAUUGUUAAGUCAAGAUUCAAAGAAAACAGAUAAUGAAAAUUUAGUAUAUCGAAGAAAUAGUAGUUCAUUUAAUGCAACACCAUCAAUGAAUACUGAUUCAUCUCAAACAUAUUCUGAUUUAUCAAUAUCAUCUCUUCAUUCAUCAAAAUCACUUGGUUCAGUAGUCAAUUCGUAUCAACAACAACAACCACAGCAACAGCAAUCAUCAAUUACUGAUUUAGAUGAAGCAGUUAAAUCAACACCAUUAAAAGAAUUACAAGUUGCUCGAGAUAUUGUUGAACGUUAUGAUGAAGGAGUAUUUGAUGAUGGUGCUGGAAGUCAAACUGAAGAAGAUGAAAAUAACAGUGUAGUUAUUGCUGAUAGUGAUGAUGAAGAUGAAAUUGAACAUUUUGAUUCAACCGAUUGUAUUAUGACAAAUAUUGAUAAUAAUCAACAACAAGUAAAUAAUGAUUAUUUGGUAUGUUCUGAAAAUAAUCAAAAUGAUCGAAAGAAUUCAAAUAAUACAUCCAGAGAAGGUAAAACAAUUAAUUUCGGUAAUGGUUAG